AUGACGACUAUCGCUGGCAUUGACCUUGGAAGCUAUGCAUGUAUGAUCGAUUACAUGGCCUAUAGUUCUAUCCGAAAGCCUGCAGCAAGAAGAGUUUUCACGCUUACAUCGAACCUUCUUCUGGGAGAUAACAACUUGAACGGGUUCAAAUAUCUCGUUGGUAGAGAUAGCCCCGAGCUCCUGCAGGACGAGUGCACGAAGGCCAAUAUGUUUGUUCCAUAUGGCGAUGAGAAAGUCUUUGUUCCAGGGAGAUUCAUCCUCGCGCUGCUCUUUCGCAAGAUCGUGAAUGCCCUGACCGAGGCACAGCUUUGGAUCUCCACCGACGCCAUCUACUCGCUCCAAGCCGCCAUCUCAAUCCCCUCCUGGUUCGAUCAUUCACAACAGGGAACAAUUCUCGAAGCUGCCCACCAUGCGGGUUUUCACCGUGUAGGGCUGGUCACGGCUACCCCAACAAUUGCUUCUGUCUACAACUCUCUUCAUUUCCUACCGAGGCUCAAGAAGGAAAUUCACCGUUCACAGGUUGCGGAAAACGUUCUAUUCGUCGAUAUAGGCCAUACCUCCACCACCGUUGCACUGGUGGAGUUCACUCAUCGGGGUUAUGCCAUACAGAACGUAGAAUUUAAUGCCUCCUUGGGAGGUAGAGAUGUAGAUCUGGCUCUUGCCUCUCACUUCAGACAGAAAAUCUUCAUCUCAGCAGACUUCGAGAUCAACCAAUUCUCGCACCUCUACUCCCUUCUCGUGAAGGAAUGUAAAGCGGCCAAAGACACCUUGCUCUUCUCCUGGGAUGCUGACAUUCGUCUCUACAUCCUUCCUAUCAACCGCACCUUCCGGGCUUCCCUCACCUCUGAUAUCAUCGAAACAGUCUCCGUUCCCUUCCUCCAGAAAUUAACCCUCUUAAUUCAGGAUGUCGUUUCCCAAACCGGACAAGGUAUUUCAUGUGUCGAUACCGUUGUCCUAUCUGGCGCUACUACAAUUCUCCUCAAAUCAGAAAUCACGGAAAACUUGCCCGGUGCCGUCGUUCGGAUGCUUGACAAACGCUUUAUCACCAGAAAAGUCCUCAGUGUCUGCAUGUCAAUGCCAAACCGCAACACACCUAGGGACCCCUUCUGGAUUGCCAAACGUUCUUCAACUGGCGCAAUGGUAUGGAAGGAAUGGAAAAGCGACUCUGAAAAAGACGUCGAUCUCGCCUCUGAGAUGGAGAAUAUGGAUUUUCCUUCAUCUUCUUCAGGAUCAACAAAUCCUUCUUUCAGUCAUUCCACAGCAGGAAAUAGUCCGCGAAAUUCCCAUCCCGCCGAUAAUGCAACACAAGGUUUCUACUCGGAGCUUGGCACCGUCGUCCGUGAUAUUCACCGCCAACUAGACACCAUCAAGAGAACGUCAGAAAGCGAUCCGGAGUGGCUAGAAAUGUGCAGCAACCUUUGUGCGUCCUACUUAAAGAAACACAAAAUGAAUGGAAAUGUCAACACGUUGGGCGACGCCACGAUGUGGGCAGCACGAGCCCUCGGAGACGUCGAUUUUGAGACGGAGGCAAGGCCCGAGUUCCUUGCGAAUCUAGCCCACUGCUUGAAGCUCCAUUACGAACACUCUGGAGACUUGGAACUACUCAACAAGGCCGUCUUGUAUCAAAGCUAUAUUAUCGCGGCCUUGACGAAGGACACCCCGCCCAUGGCAGGUUAUCUCAUCAACUACGGAACAUUCCUUCAGAUAAGAGGUGAACACCUGGGCCACAUCCCUGACCUUGAAGAUGGGGCAAAGGCUCUUCAGCGAGCCAUUGGCAUCCUGACCGACAGCACAAGCCCCUCAGAUAUCAUGGCAUUGAUGUCAGCGUUAAGCAAUCUAGGGAACAUUUUACAGGUUCUGUACCGCUGGACAGGACGGAUCGAGGACCUGCAUCGCAUGAUCACCUGUUACGAAUCCGCUCUGUCAAUCACCAAGGGAAGCGACGCAGAGAGGGCUGCCAAUCUCAACCACUGCGGGAUAGCCAUGCUGAUGCAUUACAAGCACUUCGGCGACGUCCAGGAUGCACACAAAGCCAUCGAAUACGUUACCGAGGCUCUUCGCUGUGUCCCAGAAGAGCAUCCCUCAACGCCCAUUUAUAUUGGCAAUUAUGUCAGCGCCUUACACUCCUUGCAUAUCCAGACAAAUGACCCCGAGACACUGGACAAGGCUAUCGAAAUGAACAAGAAGGCACUGAGGUUGCUGCCAGAGGAUUCGCCCCAUAAGAGGAGCCAUAUCUCCAAACUGGGAAACCUUCUCGGUAGCAAAUAUACCUUUACAAAAGAUCUCGAAACGUUGGGCGGAGCUCUUCGGCAUCAAGAGGCUGCUCUGAACCUGGUCCCAGAAGACAAAUUCAUGGAACGGUUCUCUUACCUCAACAAUAUUGCGACGACCCUAGUUGAGCGAUUCCGCACGACGCGCGCCAUCGAGGACAUCUCCAGGGCCAUGAAAAUGUUUGAGGAAGGUAUUUUGCUGGUCGACGAUGGUUCGGAUAGGUCGGCGGCUAUCGGGAACCUGGCGAAUGCUGAAUACGAGUACUUCGCCAUGUUCGGUGAUCAUGCCGCGCGACAGAGAUGCUUGAAGCUCUGCAAAGAAGUCGUCAAUUCGCUUGCCCCGUUAACGGUCCGAUUCGAGGCUACGAAGGUGUGGAUAGCAGCCACAAGCCAGAGUGUGAACGGACCGGAGGCGCUGGAGGCCAACACGGCUGCAGUCGACCUGCUUUCCCAGUUGGCCUGGCCCGGCCUCAGCCUCUCGUCCCAAAUCAAUGUCUUGCGGGUAGCCCGCCAGACUGCCUGCAACACUACUGCAGCGGCAUUGCACUUUGGAGACGUGGCACGGGGGCUGGAAUGGCUCGAACAGGGACGAACUAUCGCAUGGAAUAACCUCUUGCAGAUCCGGUCUCCUCUGAAGGGUCUCGAAGAACAAGCACCGGAGUUGGCACGGGAGAUAACCAGACUCUCUCAGCUACUGGAACGUGGACCACAGGGUGACGUACCGCUGGAUGGAUCUGUUCCGACCCUCAGAGUCGAAAAGUCCCCUGAUUUUUCUCGAAAUGCGAUUGCAUUAGAGAGGGACAAGCUCCUCAACAAAGCAAGGGUGCUUCCUGGGUUCGAGAACCUGAUGAAAGGCAAGAAAUUCACUGACUUCGCCGUCGCCUCCAACGACGGGCCAAUAGUCGUCGUAAAUAUCAGCACAUACAGGUGCGACGCGAUCAUUAUGUUGUCCGGUCGAUAUCCUGUCAACCUUCGUUUAGAGAAUUUCUCUCUGGAGCAGGCGGAGAACUUGAGGGUGCUGAUGCACAAGGCAUUAAAGGAGUCCAUGAGAAUGCAAAGAGGCGAGCAGAAUGACCCUAACGAGACGCGAUUUGGGCGUCCCAGGAGAACAAACACAGACAGUGAUGCGGACACCAUUUUUCGAUAUAUACUCAAGGAGUUGUGGGCCAAGGUGGUCGAACCAAUUAUAAACUGUCUAGGUAUCGGAGUCAAGAUGUUGGAGCACAUGCCGCAUAUAUGGUGGUGCCCAACUGGUCCACUGACGUUCCUCCCUCUCCACGCAGCUGGAAUAUAUGCAGCCGAUCACGAUCGCGAAACGGCGACGAUAAGUCUGCUCGACUAUGUCGUCUCCUCUUACAUCCCUAGUUUGAGCGCAUUGCACAAUAUCGUCUACAAAGAUAAUACGCAACGACCACCGUUCGGGAUGCUUCCUGUUAUCCAGUCAAGUGCGCCAGGCCAAACACCCUUGCCUGCAACCCUUGCCGAACUGGAGAUAAUUCGGAAGUACGCAAGACGCUUUUCUGAUCGAGUCCGAGUCCUUGCAGAAGAAGAGGCGACAGUCGAGUCGGUGAUGAGCGGAAUGAAGAGGAGCUCUUGGGUCCAUCUGGCAUGCCAUGGACAGCAAGACGUCGACGACCCAACAAAGAGUGGUCUACAUCUCCAGGAUGGGAUACUAGGCUUGCAAGACAUCAUACAGACUCCUCUCCCCGGCGCCGACUUCGUGUUCCUCUCAGCGUGCCAAACCGCCUCAGGAGACGUCACCCAUCCGGACGAGGCGAUCCAUUUGGCUGCUGGUAUGUUACUGGCGGGGUUCAACAGUGUCAUCGCCUCGAUGUGGUCGAUUGGCGACAGCGACGCGACGAUCGUAGCUGAUCAGGUGUAUGCCUAUCUCUUCAGAGAUGGAAAGGUUCCAGAUAGCAGGGAAGCCGCAAGGGCAUUGCAUAGAGGGGUCCGUUUCUUGAGGGCAAAACGUGCUGGGUCCCGAGGAGGAAGUGGGUUCGUGAGCUGGGUUCCUUUCAUCCAUGUCGGCAUGUAG